AGCUGCACAUGCGGCAGCUCCCCUGCUCCGUUCCGCCCAGCCUCCGUUGCUCUGGAACGGGUCCCUGCAGCCCCCAGCCGAUGGCAGGGCAGUAGCCGCCUGUCAGGGGUCCUGAACGGCUGAGGCAGACGCGGCGGCUCCAGGGCCUCAGAGAGUGGGUGUCUCCGGAGGCCAUGGGCUACCCCGAGGUAGAGCGCAGGGAACCUCUGCCCACGGCAGCGCCGCGGGAGCGGGGGAGCCAGGGCUGCGGCUGUCGCGGGGCCCCUGCCCGGGCGGGCGAAGGGAACAGCUGCCGGCUCUUCCUGGGCUUCUUUGGCCUCUCGCUGGCCCUCCACCUGCUGACGUUGUGCUGCUACCUAGAGUUGCGCUCCGAGUUGCGGCGGGAACGGGGAGCCGAGUCCCGCCUUGGCCCCAGCACCCCUGGCACCUCUGGCACCCUGAGCAGCCCCGGUGGCCUCGACCCUGAUGGUCCCAUCACCCGCCACUUCGGGCAGCCAUCACCUCAGCAGCAGCCGCUGGAACCGGGAGAAACCACACUCCCCCCACACUCCCAGGACGGGCACCAGAUGGCCCUUCUGAAUUUCUUCUUCCCUGAAGAAAAAUCAUACUCUGAAGAGGAAAGUAGGCGUGUUCGCCGCAAUAAAAGAAGCAAAAGCAGUGAAGGUGCGGAUGGUCCAGUUAAAAACAAGAAAAAGGGAAAGAAGGCAGGACCUCCUGGGCCCAAUGGCCCUCCGGGACCUCCAGGACCUCCAGGACCCCAGGGACCCCCAGGGAUUCCAGGAAUUCCUGGAAUUCCAGGAACAACUGUGAUGGGACCACCUGGCCCUCCAGGUCCACCUGGUCCUCAGGGACCCCCUGGCCUACAGGGACCUUCCGGUGCUGCUGAUAAAGCUGGACCUCGAGAAAACCAGCCAGCUGUGGUGCAUCUGCAGGGCCAAGGGUCAGCAAUUCAAGUCAAGAAUGAUCUUUCAGGUGGAGUGCUCAAUGACUGGUCUCGCAUCACCAUGAACCCCAAGGUGUUUAAGCUACAUCCCCGCAGCGGGGAGCUGGAGGUACUGGUGGACGGCACCUACUUCAUCUAUAGUCAGGUAGAAGUCUGCCCAUCCACUCCCGCCCCUGUUGUUUGCCUCCACUGGGUUGGCUCCUCAGAGCUAGAGGUCUAUUACAUCAACUUCACCGACUUUGCCAGCUACGAGGUGGUGGUGGACGAGAAGCCCUUCCUGCAGUGUACCCGCAGCAUCGAGACGGGCAAGACCAACUACAACACGUGCUACACCGCGGGGGUCUGCCUGCUCAAAGCCCGGCAGAAGAUUGCCGUGAAGAUGGUGCAUGCCGACAUCUCUAUCAAUAUGAGCAAGCACACCACCUUCUUUGGGGCCAUCAGGCUGGGCGAGGCCCCUGCGUCCUAGAUUCCCUCCCCCUGCCCCUUUUCUGUCCCUGCCCGCGCCCCUGCCCCAGGGUUGGGAGCCGGGACUCCCAGAACCUCUCAGUGCUGCUGUGGAGUGAGGUGCUAUGGGUGUCGCAGCCACAGAGAUCAAUAUCACGGGGCUAUUUAUUCAUCAGGAUGAUGAGGCCCGCUUGGCUUUCCAGAAUGACCUUGAGUUCACAGGAUGUUUGAUGGAGCCCCAGAGUUUGCAGGAAGGAGGACCUUCUUCCUUGGUUCCGUGUGUCAACUGGCUUAUGGCUCAACGCUUCAACCUCAAGGUCCCUGUUGUCAGAGUGAUUGUUUCUUGCACUAACAUGGGGUUUCCGGGGCAGCAGGCAAGAGAAAGCAAAGGUGGACUCCAGACCGUGGGGGCAAGCCUCUCACCCUUAGGGGCUGCCGUUCCUCUCUUGGGUAGAG